AUGCUCCGCACCACUGGUACCGCCGCCGCCGCUCUGCGUUCGUCGGUGCGCGCAACCCAGACCCGCCGUGCUCACGCCAUCUCCAACCCUACCCUCGCAAACAUUGAGAAGAGAUGGGAGGCCAUGCCUCCUCAGGAGCAGGCCGAUCUGUGGAUGGCCCUCAGAGACCGCAUGAAGGUUGACUGGACCGAGAUGACCCUGCAAGAGAAGAAGGCCGCAUACUGGAUCGCUUUCGGUCCCCACGGUCCCCGCUCUCAAACUCCUCCCGGUGAGGGUAAGCAGGUCUUCUGGUACACCAUGGGUGGUCUCGGUGUCACCGCCGUUCUGUUCUUCGGUAUCCGUGCCGGUGCCAGAGGCUCGCCCGGAACCAUGACCAAGGAGUACCAAGAGGCCUCCGACGCAUACCUUAAGGAGAACAACGUCGAGCCUAUCACCGGUAUCUCUGCCGAGGACUACAAGGGUGGCUUCAUGGUCCAGAGCAAGCCUGCCAAGAAGGACUAA